AUGGCUGAGAUUCAUAUAAAGGCCAUUGAUGGGCAUGAAGGGAAAAUCAAAGCAUUGAGAGUUCAAAUAAGGGCUUCUCUCUUCUCUAACAAAUUCUCAGAAAUGGCUGCAACCUUGUUCCAUGGUCGCUCUGACAGCUUACCCUCCAGACCACACCCUCUCAUGUCCCAGUUGGAUGAUCAUAUCUGCAGAUUAAGGGCUUCUGAAGCUACUUCUACAUCAUCAACAUCAAUACCCCGCAUGCUCAACGCCCUUCCAGAUCUCUAUGAUUGUGUUGAUAAGUUGCUUCUUUUGCCUCUAAUUCAACAGGCAUUAGCCCAGGAGCAGAACCGCAAAUGGGUUGAUGAGUUGCUUGAUGGGUCUCUCGGACUCCUUGAUGUUUGUAGUUCUGCCAAGGAUGCACUGUUACAGACAAAGGAAUAUGCUCUGGAUCUUCAAUCCACAAUUCGCAGAAGACAAGGAGGUGACGAUGGACUUGCAACUGAGGCUAGAAAAUAUCUAACCUCUAGAAAGUUGGCAAAGAAAGCAAUCCAAAAGGCCUUGACCAAUUUGAAGGGUUUAGAGAACAAACACUCUCUCUCUUGUAUUGGUGGCGACAACGAGAUUGCAACAAUUGUUACUUUGUUAAGAGAGGUUCAAGCAACCACUCUCUCUGUCUUAAAAUCCUUCUUGUCCUUCAUCUCCGGGCCAAAGUCACUGUCCAAGCCAACCCAUUGGUCAUUGGUCUCUAAGCUUAUGCUGCAUAAAAGAGUAGCAUCCAAGGAAGAAGAAACCAAGGAGAAUGAAUUUGUAAUGGCAGAUGAUGCAUUGGAAUCUCUUGUUGGAUGCAAGACAGAUUGCAAAUAUGAUAAUUUAAUGCUUAUGGAGAAUGUUCAAAGCCAUCUUAAGAAGUUGGAGAUGUGCAUUCAAGAUUUUGAAGAUGGAUGCCAUAUCCUCUUUAGGAGAAUGAUCAAAACAAGAGUUUCCCUUCUCAAUAUGUUGAUUUUGUAA